CUCAACAACCUUCUUCACUACUGUUAUUCUCUCCUUCCUUCCUUCCUUCCUGUCAAAGAAAAGAAAGAAGAAAAAAAAGUAGACUCAACGAUCGCAGAAUAUUCUAUCUUCCAGUGAACGAUCGAUCGAUCGAGGCUGCUGUUGGGGGGAAAUUGACAUUUCAGUUAUUUUCAACAUGGAAGACGGAUCAAUCGCAGAUAUAGCAGUGAAGAUGGUGGAAGAAAAUGCAAACAUUGUAUCAGAUCCUAUAAAGAUACCUGAUGGGGACUUGAAGACAGUGCAGAAAGAAGGAAAGAAAGAGGAGGAAGAAACAAACCUAGAUGAAGGAUUUAUUAAAGUAGAGAUGGAAACAGAUUUAGACGUGGAAGAUGGUUCAUAUAUUUCUAAAGAAACUCUAACUGCUAAUGACAAGCCAGCUGUCAUUGAACGAAGUGCCGGUAACACGUCUUCAAGCCGUGAAAUUCUCGAAGCUCACGAAAAAGUGAAACAACUUGAAUUAGAGUUGGAAAGAGUAUCUAAAGCACUGAAGCUUUCUGAAUCAGAAAGCAGCCAACUAAAAAUUGAAGUUUCUCUCACAAAGGAUAAGUUGGAGGAAAAUGGAAAGAAGUAUGAAGAACUUGAACUUGGUCACAAAAAACUUCAGGAGCAAGUGAUAGAAGCAGAAGACAGAUAUAAAGAACAAAUUCAUACUUUGCAAGAGGCAUCGGAAUUUCAAGAAACAAAGAAUAAGGAGUUAGACCAACAAGUGCAAACUUAUGCUGCCGAGACACUAAAGUUCGAGGAAUUGCUCAAACAGAGUAGUACACAGGCUGAAUCACAGGCAAAUAGGUCCUUAGAGUUUGAAAGACUACUUGAACUCGCAACACUGAGUGCCAAAGAGAUGGAGGAUCAAAAUGUUUUUCUUCAGGAGGAAAUGAAGCGUCUACACGAGAAGACUGAGGAGAAUGAGAAGGUUGAGGAAGCCCUUAAAAGUACUACUUCCCAGCUUUUUGUUGUUCAAGGGGAAUUAGAUGUUUCUAGAUCACAUUUUUUGGAGAUCGAACAAAUGCUUGCUUCAAAGGAAACGAUUAUUCAAAAAAUGGAGCAGGAGCUUGAGAUAAGAAACACAGUUGAAGCUAAGGUAAAAGAAGAUAUUUCUACCUUAGAGAGUUUGUUUUCAUCAACCAAAAAGGAUCUUCAAAUCAAGAUAUCAGAAUUGGCUGAAAUAAAGUCAAAGCUGGAGAAAGAAGUGAGCUCAAAAGAAGAGAUUGAGGGUGGAUUGAAAAAACAGGAAGCAAAUGUUGCAACUUUGGAGGAGGAGCUGUCGAAAGUAAACAAAGAGAAAGAAGAACUUGCGGUUGAUGUGGCUCAGCUAACUAGUAGCACGGCCCAGAUGAAAGAGUUAUGUAACGACCUUGAGAAAAAACUGCAGGCAUCGGAUGAAAUUUUUUGUAAAACAGAUGCUCUUCUUUCUCAAGCUUUGGAAAAUAGUGUGGAGUUGGAAGAGAAGUUAAAAGCUCUAGAAGAAGUCCAUAGUGAAUCAAGAUAUGCAGCAACAACUGCACAUCAGAAGAGUACUGAUCUGGAAGACAUGCUUCAAGCAUCAAAUAAGGAAGCAGAAGCUUCAAAAUCAGAACUGAGGGAACUGGAGACUAAAUUUAUAACUGCCGAGCAAAAAAUUGUCGAGUUAGAGCAACUACUGAAUCUUCUGGAGUUAAAAACAAAUGAUGCAGAAAGGCAAGCCAUGGAGCUUUCUGAAACAAAUUCUGAAUUCAAUGAGAAACUGAAAGAAGCUGAAGAAGAGAAGCACAGGCUGAGUGCCCAAAUUAAAGAAAUGGUGCAGGAGCUUGAGAUGAGAAAGACAGUUGAAGCUAAGGUAAACGAAGAUAUCUCUACACUAGAGAGUUUGUUGUCAUCAACAAAAGAGGAUCUUCAAAUCAAGAACUCAGAAUUGGCUGAAAUAAAGUCAAAGUUGGAGGAAGAAGUUAGCUCAAAAGAACAGACAAAGGCUGGAUUGAAAAACCAGGAAGCAAAUGUUGUAGCUUUGCAGGAGGAGUUGUUGAAUGUAAACAAAGAGAACGAAGAACUUAAAGCUACAGUGACUGAGCUAACUAGCAGCACGGCCCAGAUGAAAGAGUUAUGUAACGACCUUGAAACAAAGUUGCAGGUGUCGGAUGAAAGUUUCUGUAAAACAGAUGCUCUUCUUUCUCAAGCUUUGGCAAAUGGCGUUGAGCUGGAAGAGAAGUUACAAUCUAUAGAAGAACUCCAUCAUGAAUCAAGAUAUGCAGCAACAACUGCCCAACAAAAAAGUACUGAUCUGGAAGAUAUGCUUCAAGCAUCAAAUAUGGAAGCAGAAGCUUGUAAAUCAGAAAUGAGGGAAUUGGAGACUAAAUUUAUAGCCGCUGAGCAAAGAAAUGUGGAGCUAGAGCAACUACUGAAUAUUCUGGAGUUAAAAAGCAAUGAUGCAGAGAGGCAAGUCAUAGAGCUUUCUGAAACAAAUUCUGAAAUCAAUGAGAAACUGAAAGAAUCUGAAGAAGAGAAGCACAAGCUGAGCACCCAAAUUAAAGAACAUGAAGAAAAGAUUGCUCAGAUAGAGUCCAUACUAAAGGAAGCAUCUUCACGUAAUGAAGAAUUGGAAUUGGAAAUGAAGAUUGUGACAGAAAAAUAUUCCGAGCACGAGGAACGUGCCAACUCGGUUCAUCAACGGAAUCUCGAAUUGGAUGAUUUGAUCCAAGUGUCACAUUCUAAAGCAGAGGACGCUGGCAAAAAGGCGGGGGAAUUGGAGUUGUUGAUCGAAACGAAGAAGUUCAGAAUCCAGGAACUUGAAGAAAAAAUAAGUGUUUUGGAGAAUGAACUACAUCUAUCUCAAACGAAAUUGGAAGGUAUCGAGGAGGAGCUAAAAUCUGCUGAAGUUAGAGAGGCUGACAUUUUUGAGAAGCUCAAGUUUGCAGAAGAAGAACUUGAGAAUCAAUCCAAAGUCUUAGGAGAAGCUAUUACCAAGAACUCAGAGCAAGAAUCGUUGCAUCAAUCUCUAUCUAAGGAUUCAGAAGUGAAGCUCCAAGAAGCUAUGGCAAGCAUCAAUGCCAAAGAUACUGAGGCAAACUCAUUGAAUGAAAAACUGAAUUUGCUUGAAGAUCAACUGAAGGUCUAUGAGCAUCAAAUAUCAGAACUCGAAGAAGCUGAAAAAGAGAAGAACAGGUUAAGUACUCAAAUAAAAGAAUAUGAAGAUAAGAUUACUGAGAUUGAAUAUGUCUUAAAGGAAACAUCUUCACGGAAUGAAGAACUUGAAUCGGAAAUGAAGAUUGUCACAGAAAAAUGUUCCGAGCACGAGGAACGGGCCGAUACAGUCCAUCAACGAAACCUUGAUCUUGAUGAUUUGAUUCAAGUGUCACAUUCUAAAGCAGAUGAUGCUGGCAAAAAGGUGGGGGAAUUGGAGUUGUUGCUUGAAAAGGAGAAGUUCAGAAUCCAGGAACUUGAAGAAAAAAUAAGUGUUUUGGAGAAUAAAUGCAGUGAAACAGAAGCCGAGUCUAAGAAUCACCUCAGUAAGAUUGCAAACCUUGAAGUUGAGCUCAAGGCAUUUAAAGUUAAUGCAUCAAUCCUAGAGGAGUCACUUCAAAUAGGAAAUGAAAAGGAAAGAGAAUUGACAGAAUUCUUGAAUGUGGCAACAAACGAAAAGAAAAAGCUGGAAGACACGUUCAAAAUGACAGGUGAGAAGCUUGCAGAAGCAGAAACCCUCCUAGAUGUACUGAGGAAUGAACUACAUCUAUCUCAAGAGAAAUUGAAAAGUAUCGAGGAGGAGCUAAAAUUUGCUGAAGUUAGAGAAGCUGACAUUUUUGAGAAGCUCAAGUUGGCGGAAGAGGAACUUGAGAAUCAAGGCAAAAUCUUAGGGGAAGCUAUUACCAAGAACUCAGAGCAAGAAUUGUUGCAUCAAUCUCUAUCUAAGGAUUCAGAAGUGAGGCUCCAAGAAGUUGUGUCAAGCUUCAAUGCCAAAGAUGCUGAGGCAAACUCAUUGAAUUUGAAACUGAAUUUGCUUGAAGAUCAACUGAAGGUCUAUGAGCAUCAAAUAUCAGAACUCAAAGGAGUUGAAGAAGAGAAGAACAUGUUAAGUGUUCAAAUAAAAGAACAUGAAGAUAAGAUUGCUGAGAUAGAAUCUGUAUUAAAGGAAGAAUCUUCACGGAAUGAAGAACUCAAAUUGGAAAUGAAGAUCGUCACAGAAAAAUGUUCCGAGCACGAGGAACGGGCAAAUACAGUCCAUCAACGAAAUCUUGAUCUGGAUGAUUUGAUUCAAGUGUCACAUUUUAAAGCAGAUGAUGCUGGCAAAAAGGUGGGGGAAUUGGAGUUGUUGCUUGAAACGGAGAAGUUCAGAAUCCAGGAACUUGAAGAAAAAAUAAGUGUUUUGGAGAAUAUAUGUAGUGAAACACAAGCUGAGUCUAAGAAUCACCUUAAUGAGAUUGCGGACCUUGAAGUUGAACUCAAUGAAUUUAAAGCCAAAGCAUCAACCCUUGAGGAGUCACUUCAAAUAGGAAGUGAAAAAGAAAGAGAAUUGACAGAAUGCUUGAAUUUGGCAAUAGUCGAGAAGAAAAAUCUUGAAGACACGUCCAAACUGACUAGUGAGAAGCUUGGAGAAGCAGAAACUCUCAUUGAUGUACUGAGGAAUGAAUUACAUCUAACUCAAAAGAAAUUGGAAAGUAUAGAGAAUGAGCUAAAAUCUGUUACAGUUAGAGAAGCUGACAUUUUUGAGAAACUCAAGUUUGCAGAAGAGGAAAUUGAGAAUCAAGGCAAAGUCUUAGAGGAAGCUAUUAUCAAGAACUCAGAACUGGAUUCAUUGCAUCAAUCUCUAUCUAAGGAUUCAGAAGUGAAGCUCCAAGAAGCUGUGUCAAGCUUCAAUGCCAAAGAUGCUGAGGCAAACUCGUUGAAUGGGAAACUGAAUUUGCUUGAAGAUCAACUGAAGGUCUAUGAGCAUCAAAUAUCAGAACUGGAAGAAGCUGUAGAAGAGAAGAAUAAAUUGAGUGUCCAAAUCAAAGAAUACGAAAAUAAGAUUUUUGAGAUAGAGUCUGCAUUAAAGGAAGCAUCUUCACGAAAUGAAGAACUCGGAUUGGAAAUGAAGAUUGUCACAGAAAGAUGUUCAGAGCACGAGGAACGGGCCAAUACCGUUCAUCAAAGAAAUCUCGAUCUGGAUGAUUUGAUUCAAGUGUCACAUUCUAAAGCAGAUGAUGCUGGAAAAAAGGCUGGAGAGUUGGAGUUGUUGCUUGAAACGGAGAAGUAUAGAAUCCAAGAACUUGAAGAACAAAUUAGUGUUUUGGAGAAUAGAUGCAGUGAAACAGAAGCCGAGUAUAAGAAUCACCUCAGUAAGAUUGCAUAUCUUGAAGUUGAACUCGAGGCAUUUCAAGUUAAAGCAUCAAUCCUUGAGGAGUCGCUUCAAAUAAGAAGUGAAAAAGAAAGAGAAUUGACAGAAUGCUUGAAUGUGGCAACAAAUGAAAAGAAAAACCUCGAUGACACUUCCAAACUGAUAGGUGAGAAGCUUUCAGAAUCAGAAACUCUCAUUGACGUACUGCGAAAUGAACUACAUCUAACUCAAGAGAAAUUGGGAAGUAUUGAGGAGGAGCUAAAAUCUGCUGGAAUUAGAGAAGGUGACAUUUUUGAGAAGCUCAAGUUUGCAGAAGAGGAACUUGAGAAGCAAGGCAAAAUCUUAGGGGAAGCUAUUACCAAGAACUCAGAGCAAGAAUUGUUGCAUCAAUCUCUAUCUAAGGAUUCAGAUGUGAAGCUCCAAGAAGCUAUGGCAAGUUUCAAUGCCAGAGAUGUCGAGGCAAAUUCAUUAAAUGAGAAACUGAAAUUGCUUGAAGAUCAAUUGAAGGUGUAUGAGCGUCAACUAUUAGAGGAAGCUGAAAAAUAUGCAUCUGCUAAGGAAGAACUGGGCCAGGCUUCAGUGCAACUUUCUUCUCUGGAAGCCACAAACGAAGAACUGAUGAGACAGAUAUCAAAGGCAGAAGAUCAAUUGAAGGUAUAUGAACGUCAAAUAUCAGAGGAAGCUGAAAAAUACGCAUCUGCUAAGGAAGAACUGGGUCAGAUUUCAGUGCAACGCGAUUCUCUGGAAGCCACAAAUGAAGAACUGAAGAGACAGAUAUCACAGGCAGAGGAUAAAGCAACACAGAUUUUAUCAGAGAAUGAAUUGUUGGCGGCCAAUGUUAAUGAACUUAAAGAACUUAUGGCCUCUGCAUAUGCUGAGAAGGAAGCCUCCGCAGAGAAACUCGUUUCUCAUGUGAAUAGUAUUGCUGAAUUAACCAAUCAACAUUCAAGAACAUCCGAACUUCACUUAGCAGCUGAAGCCCGCGUUUCAGAGGCAGAGAAGGUGUUGCAGGAAACCAUUGAAAAAUAUACUACAAGAGAUUUAGAAGCAAAUCAUUUGGGCGACAAGAUAAAUGUUCUUGAACCACAGAUAAAACAGUAUGAAGAACAAGUCCUGGAAGCUGCGAGUAUAAGGGAAACUCUAAAGGCCGAACUGGAUGAGUCUAGAUCGAAACUUGCAGACUCUGAAAGCGCCAUUCAGCACUUGGAAGAGAGGAUAAACCGAUUUGAGAAGGAAAGGCAAGAGCUUGCUGAGGUAAAUACAACAGUUAUUCAAGAACUGACCACGUGGAAGGCGCAAGUGGAUGAUCUGCAGGAAAAGCUCUCUGGAAUCGCUGGUGAAAAAGAGGAAGCAGUAGAACAACUUUUCUCUUCAAAGAAACAAAUUGAAGAGCUGAUUGAGCAAAUCACGAUCGAGGGGAAUAAAUUGCUUUCUCAGAGAGAGGAAUACAAUCAAAGGGGUCUGGAAAAUGAAGCUGCUCUUAAGACUUCAUUUAGUGAGAUUGAAGCGAAGAAUGAAAAAAUAGCAAUCCUUCAUGACAAAGUAAAAGAGCUAGAGCAACAACUACAAUUAGCUGAUGCAGAAUCUAAAAUCAAGAAAGAUGAAGUCGAAGUUGCACUAAAGGGUUGGGUGGAAGAGCUUGAAGCCAAGAACAAAAAGGUUGUAGAGAUUGAAACACAGGUGAAAGAGCUCCAGCAAAAACUUGCCGAUGCUAAAUCAAAGCAGGAGGAAGAAGUGGAGAAAAAGACAAUUGAAUCAGCAGUGGAGGAGGUGGUGGUAAAGUCUCGAGAUAUUGGAUCAUCAAAGAGGAAGAGCAAGAAAAGGAUAGAAACAACUUCCUCUUCUCCUUCUUCAGAGGGGCAAACUCAAAUUCAAGCUCAAGCCACUGAGAACAACGUGUCGCCCUUUAUGACUUUCAAGGUCAUAUCCGGCGUCGUCCUCUUGUCCGUAAUAUUCGGCAUAAUCCUGGGCAAGAAAUAUUAAAUCUUUUUUAAUUGUUUUUCUACUUCAUUUCAUUUGGCAGUUGGGGUUGGUUGGGCUUUUGAUCAAAAUUUUCAAUUUCAGUACAGGUUGUUUGUUGUGGUUAGGGGAGAAGGAUAUAAUCAUUUUCUAUUUAUUUAUUUUCCUCUUUCCUGUAAUUUAUAAACCCUUUGUAAGAAUUGGGUGAUUCUUGUGUGUUGUAUUUAUUUUAUAAAAAUAAAUAUUUAUUAUUUCAGUUCAA